UUAACUUAGUAUAUCAUUUAUGUUACUUUCACACGGUUUAGGUUAUAUCUCAACAGGAUAAUUAAAAAUUAUAUCGUGCGAAAAUGUCACUACUACGUAUUUUCGUACUUAAAUUUUAACAUUUGGCAGAAUUUCGUGAUUCACGAAUACACAAGAGAAAAUGGCUCUUGAUAGUAAAAUAGUGCCCGAACUGAACGAACGGAAAGCUCAAUUGCUUCAAGACAAGCUAAGGCAACUCGUCAAAUGUGACGAGAUUGUUUCAAGUGAGAUUAUUAACGUUAUCGGGAAUGUCACAAGAGAUAUUGAAAUGGCCGAGGACAAUGUGCAGAGCAGCGACGAGUUUGACGAAGACUUUGAGAAGGAAUUUCGGGAUCUGAACGAUAUUCUUAAUUUGCCGCACGAUACUUACUCUCUCACUGAAAUUAAGCCAGAAUUACCAUCCUGCGUGAAAUACUACAUGCGUUCCGGAAUAACUCAUCUAAACAUGUCGAGAUUCUCGCCAUUGUCCAGAGGUUAUCAGCGAUUGCAGCUUUCGCCACGACUGCGAUUCAAAAGUCUCGUAAUUGGAACGAAGCGAUGAUCGAUCAGAUCGUUGAGGAUGGAGACACUUUUUAUUGCGAAUCUUACAAGAACGUGAGCACCGGUGAUCGUCGAACGAUAACUAUACUCGACUUGAAGAGGGAUCUCAGGGUUCAGAAAAACUUUAACGUGAAGGUCAGGAUCGAAGACCCGGCAUACGCCGGCAAGUUUCGCUCACGCGAUCCAACGGAA